AUGGCCUCCGGAUCGAUAUUCACCUUCGAAACUGACCCUCAACGGGUCUCCUCCCCGUGGCUGGCUCCGGAAGAGCUGGGGAGGACACCAAAGUCUCAACCUCCCUCGGAAAAUGGGGAACCUCAGCCUGGUCACCUCUCUGACUAUGGAGUCACCAAACUGGAAGCAGAGCCUCAGGAGGGACCAACUGAGUACAAGCUUCACCUGCUCCUCCGACCGAGACGGACUUACACUUCGAUGAGCACUAUUGGCAAGCCGCCUUCCCAGCACCCCAAGACUUCUGCUUCCGCGACGCGACCUGCCAAGGUUAUGCCUGCGGCUCUAUCUGCAUCGAGCCAGAGUCGCCAGGUGCGCCUGCAGCAAUUGACGACGCAGCUUCUGUGGAGAUUGCAGCAGUCCUGUGCCUACCAUGCCUUGAACCCCAAAGACUUGAUUGUUCCCAAAUUACCUGAUGAUACGGCCGACUUGAGUCAGGCGUUGACGCCGCAGAAACCGCUCCCGGGACUGGAAGAAUCUCGCGGUGCUCUGUACGAGAUUGGCGUGGCUGACGACGGAACCCUGGUGGGAUUGACAAAGGACGAGAUGGAUGAGAGUAUCACAACUCUUAGGGUGAUGGCAGCCACGCUGGGCUGUAGAGUCGAAAUUCUUCGUCAUGUCAUCGUGGGAGAAUGCGAGUGGCUGGAAACCUCCGAAUUGGUGGACAAUGUAGCAUCGCAGCCGGCCCAGAUUGGACGACAAGCGAGGCUCUGGGUGGUUGAGGCAUUGGUGACUCCGGACUUCUCAGCCAAGCAUUCUCUUGCAGAAAUCCCCGAGAGUGGCCAUCGAGAGGUCAAGCAGUCUCCUAGAGCCAACGAGCCUGUUGUGUUACCAAACAGGGGUCGUUCUACGACCGACCAGCUUAGGAUAACGCUCACGGGGCCAACAACGUCUGGCAAAUCUACUCUUCUGGGGACAUUGUCUACUGGAACUCUCGACAAUGGGCGUGGGAAGAGUCGUAUCAGUCUUUUCAAGCAUCGCCAUGAGGUUGCCUCCGGCUUGACCAGCUCAGUAGCCCAAGAGCUCAUUGGGUACAAGGAUCACGCCAUCUUCAACUUCUCCCAGGAUCAUGUCGAAUCAUGGAUUGAUAUCCACGACAGCGCCGAAAAUGGCCGUCUGGUUUUUGUCUCCGACUCUGCCGGGCAUCCCCGAUACCGUCGCACCAUUCUCCGAGGGUUGUUCGGCUGGGCUCCCCAAUGGACGGUUCUGUGUUUGGCCGCCGACGACAAUGAAGCCAGCUCUACCAAGGAUGGUGCCAGCUCGACGGCCAACGAAGUCCUCGGAAUCGCAGGCGCAGGUGUAGACCUCGCAAAAGCCCAUCUGGAAUUGUGCUUAAAACUCAAGACUCCUCUGGUCAUUGUCAUCACGAAACUUGACCUGGCAACCAAAGCUAGUCUGCAGAGAACUCUAGGACAAGUACUGACACAUGUCAAAGAGGCUGGCCGGGUUCCCAAGAUCCUGCAACCUGCCGCAGGUGGUGCUCAGGAAUGGAGCAGAAUUCCCUCGGCAGAGCUCAACAAGGCCCAAGUUCUCACCAACGGAAUGGAGCAGAGCGUAGACUUGCUCAAGCACAUACCCAUCGUCCUUACCAGCGCCGUUAGUGGUGCGGGCAUAGGGUUGGCCCAUGCCCUCUUGGAGAAUCUCCCAUUACCACCUGUGCCGACUGCGCAUGACUUUGUGGGGAUGGCCCUGAACCCGGAGCAGCCUUCCUGUCUAUUCCACGUCGACGACACCUUUAGUCUACCUGCGUCCUAUGCCUCUCUUGCUGAGAAUCCCAACCAGAAUGACACUGGAACUGUAGUGUCGGGUUAUUUGAGAUUCGGAAAGCUCUCCGUGGGGGACGCCAUCGUGGUUGGGCCAUUUCCUUCGGGCGAUGACGACUUCAAGGGCAUGACACCAGAGGAUAGGCCCUCUCCAGGUAACUACGGCUUGUCAAUAUCCCACCCCUCUUCCGCAGAGCUGGCCAAGAUCGCGAUACGUAACACGGUCGCGGCCUCGACUAUUAAGGGAGAAUGGCACAAGGCGAAGAUUGUCAGCAUCCGCAACCUGAGGCUUCCGGUUAACACCCUUGAAGCCGGCCAAGUUGGCACCAUUGGGAUCGUUCUGGAUAUGCCGCCCGAGAGCCUCACAGAGGGUGAUUUUGAGCGGCUGUCGAGUGCACCUCGCAUCAGGAAAGGCAUGGUCCUGGCAAUCCCAUCAAAGCACAUGGUGGAUACAGGAAUGUCUCUCCAGGCCGCGAGUGGACUGACAGCGUUAUUCCAAGAGCCAAACACGGCGUUCCUGACGUAUGGAUCUCUAGUAAAUCUCUAUGUUGGAAGCAUACGAGCAGCCGCCAGAGUCAUGGGAGUGUCAAGAGUGCGCCACGAGCAGGCCAUGAAAUCAGCCGAUGACGGGGAAGACAUUUUCAACAUGAACGAUCACGAUGAGUCCAUGACAAACUCGGAACUCGUUGGGGGCGUCCAGGUAACAUUGGAGUUGCUGACUAGCCGGGAGUGGGUUGAGAUGGGUUCACAAAUCUUGCUCCUCGAAGGUGGCCGCAAUGAUAAGUCUGGGCUUGAAGGAUUCGUCGGAACUGUGGUGGAGAUUGUUGACUGA